AUGUCCGUUAGGGAAGCAUCUCACGCAGGUUCAUGGUACACUGACGACAGACAGCGCUUGAAUACCCAAUUGUCCGGGUGGCUUCAGGACGUCAAGCCCCAGGAAGACGAUAACUUCCAUCCUCCCAUUGAGGGCUGCAAGGCGAUCAUUGGCCCACAUGCAGGCUACUCGUACUCGGGACCAGCAGCCGCAUGGGCCUACAAGAGCAUUGAUACCGUUGGCAUUCGCCGAGUCUUCGUCCUCGGACCGUCGCAUCAUGUGUACCUCGAUGGGUGUGCUUUGUCCAGGUGCAACGGGUAUGAGACACCUAUCGGCGAUCUGCCGUUAGAUCUUGAGACCAUUCAGGACCUGCGGAACACCGGCAAGUUCAGCGAUAUGGACUUGGAAACCGAUGAGAACGAACACAGCAUCGAGAUGCAUCUCCCCUACAUUCGCAAGGUGUUUGAAGGCCAGAACAUAAAGCUUGUGCCGAUACUUGUUGGCGCCAUAGACACCGAAAAGGAAACACUCUUUGGGGAAUUGAUAGCGCCGUAUCUGCUCCGCGAUGACACCUUCUGCGUAGUCUCCAGCGACUUCUGCCACUGGGGGGCUCGGUUCCGUUACACCAACUACUAUCCGGAUCCUGCAUUGGUUCCGAGUUCUGUGCGCGCCACCCAGCUUUCCACGUCAACGAAAGCAACAAUGUACCAGCACCAUCCUAUCCAUGCCUCCAUAUCUGCGCUUGAUCACGAGGCGAUGAACAUUCUCACUAUUCCGGCCAACACGGCUACCAAGGAUGCUCAUAACGUCUUCGCUGCAUAUCUUGCGAAGACGAAGAACACAAUCUGCGGGCGGCAUCCCAUAGGCGUACUUCUCGGAGCGCUGGCGUUCAUCGAUUCCACGAAGUCCGGCGAUCAACAUAAUUCCAUCACCAUGCGCUGGGUAAGAUAUGAACAGAGCAGCAAGUGCGCGAGUCCCCGAGACUCUAGCGUGAGUUAUGCCAGUGCCUACGUCAUCUUUUAG